UCCGUAUUCAGCUUUCUUUCUUCUGAGUCUAUGGAUAAAAUUAGGAUAAUUUUACCAACACAUAUUUUGUAAAAUUUAAAAAUUAUAUCUUUUGCCAAAAUCACAUCUAGUAAAAAUGAAUUUAAAUGUAUUGAGAAAUGGAAUGAUAAUAUAAGAUCCUACGGUAUUGCGUAUAAGGACUCCCUGAGACAGUUGUCAGUGCUGCACUUAAUUUGAGAUUAGUAUCAAAUACGAAUGAAGUCUAAUAAAAAUGAUACAAACGGAACUUACAAAAAUCGACGAUGCCCUGGACAUCUGCUACUUGGUGGAGGAAGAUCUGUACGAGUGUCUGAAUCUCGUGAAGGGCAUGACCCGGAAGUCCAAUGCUCCCGGGCGCUACACCUUUUUCAUGGAUACCUUCAUGGAUGACUGUUCGCUGAACAGCCCAGAGCUCACGGAUCAGGAUGCUUCGUCCCUGAAAACUGUGGACUCGGAAAUGGACGUGCUGAGCCAGCUGUGCGGGGCCAGAAGUGCCCAGGAGCUGGUCGACUCCUAUGUAAAUGUGCGGUACAAGUUUAUCAAGCUGAAGCGCGAUUUGGAGGGCACCAUGUCGCUGUACCAGAAGAUCGCCGACUGCGCUGAUCGCCAGGAAAGGGUCUCCCAUCGCAUGCUUGAGGGCUCCUGGAGCUACAAGAAGAGGAUGUGCAGGCACUAGGAAUGCCAAGUUCCGAAAACUAUUCCAUCAAAGGUGGCGAGCGUGUGCAAAUUGCAAAUUGUGUCGACACUUGGCAGCUUUUAUUAAAAAUUACUGCCACCAUUAGCCGAAUCGCACGGCAUCUCGGGCGGGGGCAACUUUCCAAAACUCAUUUGGCCCGACAUGAAAAUGAGGCAAAGUUUUUAUCAGAGUCUCAGUUUUUCUGGUGUCUCGCGACACAAGUUUUUCUCGACGUUGAGCACGAUGAUGAUGAUGAUGACGGCAGGACAGUAACAAGUCAGCUGCAUGUUUAUGAGCACGACAAUGGGUAAAUACAAAUACGGACAUGCGAGACGAUGUGUGGGGGAAACAUGAGAAAUUGCCAGCGCAAAACUUGAGAUAAUGUAAUGCAAAAGUGGCCCAGGACCAGACGCAACUUUUCCAUAACGCUUUGCCAACUUGGCCCUGUGUUUGUGCAGCGUAAUAUUUGUGAGCAUUAUUUUAUAUUUUGUUUCUGUUUCCAUUUUUUACCCUGCCGCCCGAAAGGGGAACCUCGGCACUUCGUUAGAGGAACAAGUAGCCAAGACAAGGACCCUGGUCGGCCAACUGGACGGCUGCAAGGACAUAAAACAGUGAAGUUUUGCAUAUUUAAAGUAAUAUCAAGGGGAAAACAAACUUUUCUUUUUCAUUAUUAUUCUUGUUUCUUUUUCUUGCUUUAUUACCCCAAGGGGUAGGAAGUGUGCGGUCCAUUGAGCAGAGCCAUCGGGAUCAGGAGGGUUUUGAAUGGGGUUCAAAAGGUGUUCAUUGAGUGAAUGUUGCGGUCAAUCUUUGUGAUGAAAAAGUCGAGGGCAGAGGUGCCCACCAUCAAGUAUAAAGUAAGGGAAAAAUGCAGGAACAAAGCCUCCGACGUUAAUGGGUUAAUUAUUUUGAUCGCUCCCUAGUGCAUUCGGUUCAUAAAUUUACGUGCCCCAGUUAC